UUGGCCACGCGCUUGGUUAUAUGCACGUGGGCACGUUCCUUCGUUUAAAUUAAGUUUUUUAACAUAAAUAUUGAAUUAAAGCCGGUGGACUAGCUAUUUCCCAAGAUGUCGUCUUCCUUCUUCCUCAAGCCAGGCGCCAAGGGCACCAAAAAACGCAAGAUUCCCGCAGCAACAACAAAAGGAAAGUCACUCAAAAAAGGCGGAAAAGCGGGAAAAUCCGGCCCUGCAGCCGGAGGAGCACCACUGCCAAAGAAGCAGCGUCGUCCCAAGGAGGACGACGAGGAGAUCGCCAGCGAGGAUGAGGAGUACAACAGCGAUCUGGGCGGCGAGGGCAACACGCUCGCCUUUUCCUCCGACGAAGGCGAGGAGGAGACGCCACAGGACAAGCGCCUUCGUCUGGCCAAGCAGUACCUCUCGGAGAUCGAGCGGCAGGAGGCGGAUCGCGCCGAGGAUCGGGAGCUGGCCCAGAGUGUGGAGCAGCGUCUGCAAACGGAAUACCUGGACAGCGUGGGCAAACUGCGCCGGAACAUCGCUGGCAGCCUAAAAACCUGCGACUCGAGCCGCAUCCUUAAGCACAAGCUUCACCACACGCCCAUCUGUGCCCUGGCACUCAGUCCGGAUGGCAAAUUCCUCUACACCGGUGCCAAAUCGCAAUUCCUCCUCAAAUGGUGCACGGAAACGGGGAAAGUGAUGGACAAAUCUGAUGUGCUAUCGCAUCGCGAGGAACCCGAAACGGGCAAAAAGAGGCGUUCCCAUGUCAUCGCCAUCUGCCUGUCCUCGGAUAUGAAGUAUCUGGCCCUGGCCGAGGGUGGUCCCAACAUCCAAAUCUGGUGUCCACAGACGAUGAAGCAUGUCAAGACUCUGAAAGGACACCGAGACAGUGUGGCAGGUCUGGUGUUUCGCAAGGGAACACACGAUUUGUAUUCGGCAGCCAAAGAUCGGUCGGUGAAAAUCUGGUCCCUGGAUGAGAUGGCUUAUGUGGAGAGUUUAUUCGGUCACCAGACGGGAGUGACCAGCAUAGACGCCCUCAGUCGAGAGCGGGCCAUCACCGCUGGCGGAUCAGAUUGUUCCUUGCGCAUCUGGAAGAUCACGGAGGAGUCACAGCUUAUCUACAACGGGCACAAAGAGAGCAUUGAGUGUGUGAAAUAUAUCAACGAUGAGCACUUUGUAUCCGGUGGAAUGGAUGGGGCCAUCGGCUUAUGGAGCGCCUUGAAGAAGAAGCCCAUUUGCACGACACAAUUGGCGCACGGAGUGGGAGAUAAUGGCGUGGCCAACUGGAUAACAGCUAUUGCUGUUGUGGUGAACACGGAUUUAGUGGCUACAGGCUCAUGUGAUGGUUGCGUUCGUCUCUGGCAGACUAAUCCCAAUGCCCGCAAAUUGAACCUGAUCCAGAGCAUAUCCAUCGCUGGUUUCAUCAACGGACUGACCUUCAAUGCCGAUGGCACCAAGCUGUAUGUGGCCGUCGGCCAGGAGCACCGCCUGGGUCGCUGGUGGCGACUCAAGGAGGCCAGGAACCACGUAGUUGUAGUCGACGUUAAGUUACAGAGCGCGGCCAGCAGUUAGGUUAACUUCUAAGCUUAAGUAAAGUUGUAUAGUUCUUUUACCAAGAUACGGCGUGAAAAAAUAUAACUAAAUGAGAGAUUUGAAUCUUCUGCCUGGAG